AUGGGUUCUACUGCUCUUUCCGAUAUCGAGACUCGUCUCUUUAUCAACAACGAGUUUGUCCCUGCCAAAUCUGGCAAGACAUUCCAACUCAUCAACCCUGCCACCGAGGAGCCAUCCGUUCAAGUCUCCGAAGCUGGCAAGGAGGAUGUCGACGCUGCUGUGCAGUAUGCCAAGGGUGCAUGGGAGGAGUGGUUCGCAAAGGAUGCCAGCGACCGAUCCGCUGCCCUCGUCAAGCUCGGCGAGCUGAUUGUGGCAAACACAGCCAAGUUCGCCGAGUUGGAGGCCAUUAGCAUGGGUACUCCUUCAGCUUUCUAUCACAUGCAAACCAGCAUUGCUUCCAAGCUUUUGAACUACUUCGCCGGUAUUGCUGGCGAUGUCCACGGUGACACCAGUUUGAUGUCCAAGGACCACCUCAACUUCACCCUCAAGCAGCCCUACGGAGUUGUCGCUGCUAUCAUCCCAUGGAACGUCCCUAUCUUGAUGGCCCUUAACAAGAUUGCCCCUGCCGUUGCCGCCGGUAACGCCAUUAUCAUGAAAUCCUCCGAAAAAGCCCCCCUUACCUCCAUCCUCCUCGCCCAACUCAUCAAGGAAACCGGCCUCUUCCCUCCCGGUGUCGUGCAAAUCCUCUCCGGCGCCCGGGAGAGUGGUGAAGCUCUCGCCAGCCACAUGGAGAUCCGCAAGAUCGCAUUCACGGGUAGCUGGCGCACCGGCCAGGCCGUCAAGUGCAUGGCUGCAAACAGUAACAUGAAGGCAUGCACAUUGGAGCUUGGCGGAAAGGCUCCUAUUAUUUUGUUUGAGGAUGGUAAUGUUGAGAAGGCUGCUCGUGAGUGUGCCAUCAGUAUUGCGUUCAACUCUGGUCAGACUUGUACCAGUGCCGCUAGGCUUUACGUUCAGGAGAGUGUCCUUGAGCCCUUUUUGGCUGUCUUCCGUCCUACAUUCGAGGGCUUCCUUACCAACCACGGUGACCCAUUGGACCCCAAGGUUACCCACGGCCCCCAGGCCGACAAGCUUCAAUACGAGAGUGUCUUGAGAUUCAUCGAGGCCGGAAAGAACUCCACCGCUCAGAUGCUUACUGGUGGUAAGCGCAAGGGUGACAAGGGGUACUUUAUUGAGCCUACCAUCUUCUUGAACCCUCCUGAUGACAACGAUGUUGUCACCAAGGAGAUCUUCGGACCCGUCAUUACCAUCUUUACCUUCAAGACCGAAGAAGAAGCCAUCACCCGCGCCAACGCCACAGAGUACGGCCUCUUCUCCUCUGUCUUCACACGCGACAUUUUCCGCGCCCUCCGCAUCGCCAAGAAGUACGAGAGCGGUACCGUGACCAUCAACUGCACCAGUCACUACCAAGCCGUCGACAUGGCGUUUGGUGGUGUCAAGGGAUCUGGUGACGGACGCGAAUAUGGACGAUGGGGAUUGGACAGCUGGCUUGAGAUCAAGUCUGUUUUGAUUGAUCUUACUGAGUAG